GGUAUUAAGUUGGUUUUAUUUGGACUAAUCUCUCAUUGCUGUAGUGGGGCCAGUAGGGACGGAUAAACCCCACUGGAUUAGCAUGAGCCCUCCGCCAAUGCACUGUCCUUCUGUUUUCUCUCUUUUUGCAUCUUUCCAUUGUUAUAUUUGUCUCAGAAUCAAAUCCCGAUAGCUGUGAGCAUCCAGAAUCCGUCCUGUGUGGUUCAGUUGGUAAGUUUGUGUUACUGAGCUGUUGUGUUGUCCUAUUCUUCUUCUGUCUGACUUGCUUAUGUUUCCAGAGAUAAAUAAUUCAGCGAUUACCUGCCAGUCACAUGAUAGCAUGACCUCAAGUGAGGCAAAAAAGAAAUGUCGGCUAGUGAUCAGGUGAAAUGUUACCUUCCCUCACACACCUUCUCAGGGAAACAUGAGAAGUGAAAUCAAACACCUGCUUUUUUCCCCCUUCUCACAACCGUCCUCUCCUCUUUCCUCACCCGUGCCUGCGUUCACUAACCGUUCGGCUGUUAGUCUGUGCUGUACGAGGAAACUGCGCUCGUAAGACUCUUUCUGUUGGAAACUAAUGGCUUGCUUCCACUGAAACUAGCAAAUUCUGCAGGAACUUGAUGGCUGUCCGAGGCACCGUUCCUCCUCCGGAUUACUACCCCUUUGAUAUCGCUCUAUCGGCCCAGCCACCUGAAGAUCUCCAGGGCUUUUACAAGGGAAACCAGCACAUGCUGAGCAGAUCAGGCUCGCAUUAUGGCCUGGCAGGAGGGGUCAGGACCGCUUGGGAUCAAGGGCAAGCUAGAGCGGCUACUCCUGGUCCUACGCCCGGUCCUCCUCCUCCUCCUCCACCCCCUCCACCUCCACCCCCUCCUCCCCCACCCUCGGCUCAUGAGAUCAGCCGCUUGUACAGGGAUUCUCUGGCCAUCAAGAUGAUCCCAGACAGUCAGCGUAUUCGCAGUAGAGCCGCUUCACCCGCUUGCUUCGGCAUCGACUCCAGGUUUCCGGCCGAACACUCCGUUUACGGUGACGUCAACGGCUUCCCUCUGGAGUCCUGUCAGCCGGCCUCCACCUGCAUAGUGGUGGACCCCACAGCUUCGGGCAUGGAUGGGACUCGAGGGAACCAGGCUUAUGGCUCCGUAACCACUCAAAGGAUGCCCUAUGACCCUGUUUACGAUCCAGGCGCCGCACCAGCUCCCCUGACCUCCGGGAUGCCCGGCCACCACCCUUCGGUGGCCGACCCCAAGAGGAACGUGGAUCCGGGGUUUCUGUCUCUCCUGCGUUCCGAGGGUCUGUCUGAAAGCACCAUAACUCUUCUUCUACAGCAGGGGUUUGACUCUACCGCCAUGCUCAGCAUGAUGGAAGACCACGAUAUCCGCUCCGUGGCUCCCAAUUUAGGCCAGGUACGUGUGCUGUCCAGAGUGGUUCUCAAUUGCAAGACGGGUGCGACCGGUGCCGCAGGGAUGCGGGGUCGUUCCAACAGCUUCAGCCACCGCAGUGAUCUCUACAUGCAGCCUCAGGCUCUCAACAUGGACUCUCAUCUCAUCCAUCCGCCUCCCAGCGCCCUGCAAUCCGUUUCCCCUAGAAUGGGAGAGUUUUUGGGUCGCCGGCCAAGCAGCGCUCCCUCUCAGCAUCUACUCGAAACCACAACCUACCCAGCGGUUCGCCCGAUCGGAGGUCUUCCGGUCAGUCCGGGCGGCUACAACACUGCGCUACCUCAACCACGGCCGCUAUCGAUGUACAACGCCCACACCGGCCUGGCCAUGUCCGCUCAGCAACACCCAAUGAACACUCCGGGAGUGGCACCCAAGACCUUCUCCAGUACGUACUCUCCCAUGGAGCUGAUGAAGCGCCCACCGAACCUUCCUCCUCUCUCUCCUGCUCACAGCCCACAUCACAGCCCACAGUUACUGCGGAAGGGAACGGCGCCGGUGGAGAGCGCCGUCCUUCCGGCAUCUUCGGCCCUCCAGCAUCAGACCGUUAAUCCUAACAACAAGCUGACCCGCCGAACCGGACCACCGGUCAUCGUGUCCACCAUGGCUUCUCCUGACACAAGUAUCAGGCCUCAGAUGGUGAACGGGCCGAUGCAUCCUCGUCCUCUGGUGGCUCUGCUGGACGGCCGCGACUGUACGGUGGAGAUGCCCAUCCUCAAAGACCUGGCCACCGUAGCCUUCUGUGACGCCCAGUCCACACAAGAGAUCCACGAGAAGGUGUUAAACGAGGCAGUGGGCGCUCUGAUGUAUCACACCAUCACACUGACACGAGAAGAUCUGGAGAAGUUCAAAGCCCUCAGAAUCAUCAUCCGCAUCGGCAGCGGAUACGACAACAUAGACAUUAAAGCAGCCGGAGAGCUGGGUAUCGCGGUGUGUAACAUCCCGUCGGCAGCGGUGGAGGAAACGGCCGACUCGACGCUGUGUCACGUGUUGAAUCUGUACCGGAGGAACACGUGGCUGUAUCAGGCGCUGCGGGAGGGGACGCGCGUUCAGAGCGUGGAGCAGAUCCGUGAGGUGGCGUCCGGAGCCGCACGCAUCCGCGGGGAAACACUCGGACUCAUCGGUUUCGGUCGUUCGGGGCAGGCCGUCGCCGUCAGGGCGAAAGUCUUCGGCUUCAACGUGAUCUUUUACGACCCGUACCUGCAGGACGGGCUGGAGCGAUCGCUGGGCGUUCAGCGGGUUUACACACUGCAGGACCUGCUGUACCAGAGCGACUGUGUGUCGCUGCACUGCAACCUGAACGAACACAACCAUCACCUCAUCAAUGACUUCACCAUUAAACAGAUGCGUCAGGGUGCGUUCCUGGUGAACACGGCGCGAGGAGGUCUGGUGGAUGAGAAAGCUCUCUCUCAGGCGCUGAAGGAGGGCAGGAUACGCGGAGCGGCUCUCGACGUUCACGAGACCGAACCCUUCAGUUUUGCGCAGGGUCCUUUGAAAGACGCCCCUAAUCUGAUCUGUACGCCACACACGGCCUGGUACAGCGAACAAGCGUCUCUAGAGAUGAGAGAAGCCGCCGCUACAGAGAUACGCAGAGCCAUCACAGGUCGUAUUCCAGACAGUCUGAGGAACUGCGUUAAUAAGGAGUUCUUCGUGUCCUCGGGUUCUUGGGGAAUGAUGGAGCAACAGGUUCAUCCUGAGCUCAACGGCGCCACAUACAGGUUCCCAUCAGGUAUGGUCGGAGUGGCGGCAGGGGGUGUCCCAACGGGUUUGGAAGGUCUGGUGUCAGUGACCCACUCACUGCCCGCGGGGAACCACCCGUCACAGACGCCGUCCCCAAAGCAGCCCUCCAAACACGGAGAGAGCAGAGAACACCUGACCGAGCAAUAGCAUUAGCAUCACACACACACACACACACACACACACACACACACACACACACAGAGACUGUUACGCCACGUAAGAGGAACUUUACAGACUGAUAUCUCCACCUCUUGACGUUUCUUUAUACUGUUUUGGAGGAUGUUUUGGUCAUGUGACUGCAGCACGCUCUUUUAUUGGACACUUUUACAACCAUCAACAGAAACACAAUGGAGUUUGUUAGUUUGACGUGUUUCUUUUUCAUUUUUCAUCUCUUAAGUGUGAAUACUUUAAUUUAAAUGAAUCAGGCAAUAGAACUCAAGUCAAAGCCACGCCCACUGAUCCAUCCAUCAGGAUGAUUGACAGCUCAGUGCUCUGCUCUGAUUGGCCUGGGCUCUCAGACUUUAGCCAAGGAGUGAAACCUCAAAAUAUUUCUCAUGUGUGUUUUGUUUGUGUAUCUGUUCAUCAAACUGUGAUCUCUAUUAAUGAACAGCUCAAAUACGGUUGAGUUUCUCGUUCUGGUUCAGAUGAUGUUGUUUAGAUGAAGGUCAUUUCGUAUUUUAUAUAUUCUGUGAGUUUUUGGUUCGGCCUCUGCUGCUGGUUCACAUCGGCUUCAUUCCGCUGUACGACUCAGGAAAAUCACCUUCACAAUUUUUAAUUUUUCUCCACCAAAUCUUAAUACAGAUGAUCUGCAUAUUUUCUCUUUGCUGUUUCGCUCAUGUUAGUAUUUUUAUAAAGUGACAUCUCAUGGUUACGACGUUUCAAAAACUGAGAAUUUAAGAAAAAAAAUUUCCAAGGUUUCUAUCGCCUAGAUCAAUGUUCCUGUAAUCAUAGUCGAGUGUGACCCUCCCAUGUCGUGUCUCUUUUAUUUGGUUUGUUCUAACGAAGGGUGUUUGUCAGAAAAAGCGAGACCUGAUUCUCACAUGAGCAAAAGUGGGAGGUUGUUUGUUUUAUUGUGAUUAUUUGUAUUUGUUCCUUGUACAAGGUGAACAUUUAGCAUCAGUACAGAUCAAAUAAAACAUGCAGGUUCAAAACUG